AUGGCGUCUACUUAUACCUUGCUCCAGUUAAGUACGGUUGUGCUCGGUCUGCUUUUGUUCUGUGAUCCCAAUUGUGCCUUUGCUAAGAAGACCGGUGGUAGGAUUGGUGGUAGUGCCUUCUCGUCCCCGUCUCGAACCUCUUCUUGUACUUCACGGUCAAGCUCCUCUUCCUAUUCUAGAACGUAUCAUGUGCCAAGCUAUUCACGGUCUGAGAGCUACUCAUACUCAUAUUCUAAGCCGGAUGCGAUCGAUAUUCUGUUUCUGUGUGUUUUAUGCUCUGUGGCACUGGGGCUUUGUGUAUACCUCUCACAAGGAGAGAAAACUAGCGUCCUUAAACUACAGCUAGGGUUGCUUGGCGUGGGGAGGAAAUUACAAAAAGAUUUCGAUCGCCUUGCUGAAGAUGCAGAUACAUCCACUUUAAAGGGUCUCAGCUAUGUUUUAAACGAGGCAACAUUGGCUUUGUUGAGGCAUCCGGACUAUUGCAUCGCUUGUCAUUCAUCAGUGGAUGUCAAGAGUAAACAAGAAGAGGGAGAGAAACUAUUUAAUCAACUCUCCAUUGAAGAACGGAGAAAGGUCGACGAGGAGACAGUUGUGAAUGUGGAUAGCAUAAAGAGACAAAACUCGAGAAUUCGGACAGCAAGCGGUUCCACCAGUGAAUAUAUUGUGGUAACAAUCUUGGUGGCUACAAAAGGUGUACAGAAAUUACAACCAAUGAACGGAAUUGCGGAUCUUAAGGAAGCUUUAAAGAAGCUCGGGUCGUUACCAAGCGAUCGAAUAAAGGCGGUGGAAUUACUGUGGACACCAGAGGACGAGAAUGAGGUUUUGUCCGAAAGAGAACUACGUGACGAUUUCCCACUCUUGACGCCUUUCUAG